AUGACAACUUCCAGCAUCCACUGUUCCUAUGACUCCUCUAGCGACUGCUCUGACGUCAGUAAGCUGGAGAUGAGGAUUUCUGGAGCAGAGGCGCAUGCUAAAGUAACCCAGUCUUUGAAAAAUACCAAAGAGUUGAUAGAUGGCACGUCUCUUGAUCGUCUGAGGAUUGCUCGUGAUAUAUUUCUAAAGAGAAAAGCCGAAAAUGAAAAGCUAGCAACUUAUCAGCAGAAACGACGUCGACUUCGACAGGCAAGGCUAGCAGCUGAGGACGAAGUUCAACUUCGUGCUGAUGGCGUGGAUUAUGACCCAGAUGUUGAGGAAAGUGAACCUGUCUGGAAACCUCUCGAGCGCAAGAUCAAACCAUAUGUUCCCGACCUGAGAGCCGAACGAUUGACCCGAGCUGAUCUUCAAGCUAAGUAUGAAGAAGAUGAUUACUUGGAUGUAAUGUACGGUGACCCUGAAGACCAAUUGGAAGAAGUCCCCAGUGAUGGUUCUGAUGAUGACCAUGGAAGAGAGACUGACGAAGAUUCCAUGGAGGAUGAUGAUCAAGAAUCUGAAGAUAGAUCUAAUGACUCUGAUGAUUAG